UGAAAAAUACUUCAAUAUGGCGGAAAAAUUACUCGAUGAUUGCUGCGCAUUUGUUACAAUUAUGGCUUUUAGCUUUCAUCGGCUUUCAUCACUGAACGCUAUAAUGGCUUUCAUUGCCAUUGGACGCUUGUGCCGCGCGGCUUGCUAGCGGAUACGCGCCCUAACCCAACAACAACAAACAACAUAACGUUGAUAGCAAGAGUGCGUACUUGAGUGCGUAGCAGUUGCAGUAGGAGCCGUAGGAGCAGGAGGAUAUUGAUAUAGAACCUUGGCAGGAGAUUCUACCGAUACAAGCCAUGGCUGUGACGGUGCUACUUCUUUUGCUGGGCCUCUCCUCGGGGGUCUACUGUGAUGAGGGUGUCACCAGAAAGCUGACCGUGACCCGCGAGUACGACGCGUGCAUGGACCAGCUGAACGACAGCACCACGUGCAGCUCCCACCAGCUGGGACACGUGGUGUCCGAGUCGGCGGCCGACACGCUGCACGUGCUGGUGUCGCUGUGGGCGCAGCCGUCGGUGCUGCUGCUGCACCUGCCGGCCGCCGCGCCGCCGCCCAGUAUCGACUGGACGCUGCUGACCGGAGCGAACACGACGGGUGCCAUCCAGGCGGACCAGGUGCUCUCGUCGUACGGCCUCAGCCUGGAUCAGCUGAUCGAGUUUGACGACCCUGAAGACACUGCCGACGUCACGCACGCCAAUGCCACCUCGCUGCGUCCGUUCGCGCUGGACAUAGUGGCCCCCGGCGCAGUGGUCUCCAACUGGACAUCGACAAACGACAGCGGGGAGCAGGGCGGCAUCCAUGUGCGCGCCCCUCCUCUGAACGCCAGCGACUGGACGGCCGUCGGCAACGUGACAUUCUCCGUGGAGGUGCUGGACACGAGCCGGCGCACGGACGAGCUGCCGCACCUGCAGCAGACGGGCACCUCGGCCGUGGCCAGCCUGGUGCUGGACAAACUGCUCACCAGCUCCGGAUACAAGCACUCGCGGUUCGGCGUCCAGAUGACCACCGUCGGCAACCGCAGCCAGAGCCUGCAGGUCAUCAAGAGCCUGGACGACGAGUACACGCCCGGCGUGUUUAAGCUGGUCAGUCUGUCGUCCAGCGCGACGUCCGCCGGCUACCUGCAGUGGCGUCCGGUCGCCUACACGGCCCCCGAGUACAUCAUCGAACACUCCACCACGGCGCGCCACUACGCCGUCCGCGCGGCCAACGCCACGGCCGCCAGCCCCCUGCUGAGGGCCUACUUCGGCGAGCGAGCGCUGACGCACCAGCUGAACGUGACGUUUGGGCUCAGCGAGGACGGCUGGUACACGGACGCCAAGUACUCGGCCUGGGAGCUGACGGUGGGGAUCGGCGCGCCGCCCGAGGACGAGUUCUCUCUGAUGGUCAUCCUGUUGCUGGGCUUCGGCCUCGGCCUGCCGACCGUGGCGCUGGUCGGCGGCGGACUGUGGAUGGCCGUCCGCAAAGUGCGCGGUCAGUCGGCCUCCCCCGCCAGCCUUCUCGUCGAGGAGGAGUAGAGGGAGGAGUGGUAAGAGAGAGAGGGAGGAGUGGAGUACAGACGGCGGGACGUGGUGCUUACGACGGGACCAUUUUCUGAUUAGAUAUCGAGUCCGGUCGGUCUGUGGGUGCCUUGAACGCGGCUCGGCUCGGAGAGGCUGGACAUUAGAGUCGCCCCCUGGCGUGUCACCUAUUUAGGGUUUGAUUGUGGCAAUGAUUGGAGAGUAUUGUAGUGAUUGACGGUAUGUCGGAGCCCGGCUUCUGGAGCUCACGAACCUCGGUCCCCUGACUGGCGGGAUCAGACUUUGCCCGUCAUGUUUUAUUUAGCCCCGCCUUGACGUCACACGUCGUGCCAAGCACACAAUGUCCUGUCUCAUAGUCGUAGCCAGCCUAUCUUUUAGCCGUCCUGUCCUAUCUUUUAGUUGUCUCCUAUUUAGCCAGCUUUUAACUCUAGCCUGGUCAGUAUUUACUUGUCUCAAGAAGUCGAUGAUUUUCCCCUGCGUUCCGAGCGCGUCGUUACCAUCUCAAUCCCUCCAUCAUCCCACCCAACCGCCGCCCAGUCUUCCCAGUGUCUGUGGCGCCCGGUCCAUCCUGCGUUAUCGUCUCCCCGAGCUGUCCUCUGAAGGCCACCGUCCCGUGCCCAGUGGGUACCCGAGGAGCCGUAAGGCGCCGGGUCGGCACAGGAGCCUGGGCGAGAGAUAUCGUAUCGUCUCUGACGAGACGGUGUGGUAUCAGGGCCACAAUUCACUGCUGAGUGCCUGCCGUGAAGUGCGAGAGAUAUUACAGACAUCUGUGUGUGUCAAACAUAUCAAACCUGAUGAUCUAGUGAUGUAGAUUAUCAUGACAGAAUGCGUACCUGUGCCCGGGACCUUUAUCGGGGACAUUCUUAGACCAAAUAUCCUUUUAAAUUGAGCAGUGCAUUUUUUAUCCAGGGGUCUAUUAAACCGUUUGUUCUAAUAUAUAGUGUAUGAUCGAUCAAAUAGAGGAACUAUUUUAUAUACAUGCACAUAAUCAAUUGUAUAUUCUAGCGCAGGUAAUUGCGCUUUAUCAUCACAUUUAGCUCAUGAGGUAGUUCAAAUAGCAGUGUCUGCGUAACUGAUGGUCGUUAUCGUCUUUCGUUGAUGAGCGACAUGCCAAAACAGUUCCAUGCUUACAUAUGUGCCCAAUGUCGAAUAUCGUGUGAAAUAUAUGAACUUAAAGCA